GUGUACGUUAAGAGGAGAAGCGUAGAUGCCAGCUCUUAAGAAGUGAUUCCUUGCCUAGCCAAGGUUUUUUUCGUGUACAGACAAACUGUGUUGGAGUACUUCUGAAAGAGGAUUAGAUCUAGACGAUUCCUCGAUCGCCUUCGGUGAAACACACAGCAGUGUGUGGGCUCGGUGUACUGUUGGCUUCGUGUUGUCAUCUUGUAAUUGCUGUGAACCCCCUCCCCGACACGUCCAUUGUGUACGGCCUUGGAGUGUCAUCUGUCGCUGAGCUACACGGAAUUUUCUACCCUCUCGGGAAAGGAAAAUCCGCCUCUAGUACAUUACCAGUGUGAUUUGUGUUGUUCGUAUUCGGAGUGGAGAUGCCAAGGGUGACAACCCUACGCACUACGCAGAAGAAACUCCUGUCAGACUCCGCGAUGGUGAAGGGGCUAAUGAAGGACGAGUGGAAAUUUUGAAGAAUGGAGUCUGGGUCAGUCUUUGUCGUCCAUUGAUCUCAGGAUACGUAGCGGAGGCAAUAUGCGAACAGCUGGGCUUCUCCCGAGAUGGAGCUCAGAUGUACUACGGAAAUUCCUAUGGACCAGCACCUGGAGAAACAUACAGAGGAAGUGUAUACUGCGGUUAUAGCGACUUCAACUUGUCCAGCUGCAUGUUUGGAGCAGAAACUACAACCUGUGACCCACAAGACGCCCUGGGAAUCAGCUGCAACACAAGCACAAGCGCAUCCCCAAACGUCCGCCUGGUUGGAGGAAACUCGCUGUUUGAAGGACGCGUGGAAGUGUUUCGCAAUGGCGUGUGGGGAACAGUGACAUACAUUGAUGACCUCUAUGGCCCCACUGCUGCUAAUGUUAUCUGCCGACACCUUCACGGAAAUAACUAUGGUGGGUCGGUGAUCUCAAAACAGGAAUCAGCAAUUCGUUUUGACAUAGCAAAAUACAGAGCUAUUGUUAUGCAAAACAUUGCCUGCAAUGGAAAUGAAACAAAUAUACUGGACUGUCCCUAUACAAUAGGCUUACAAGGGAGUUAUAGCAGUUAUUAUCCUGACCAUCAUGAGGACGAUCUCGCUAUUGUCUGCAAAAUAGUUCCGGAAGGAUGCAAUGGCUAUACCAUAUCAGAGAAAGGAAGACUUACUAUCCCUAGAAGCCUGACCACUUCAGUGUACAGUUAUGACAUAGAUUGUGUAUGGAGAAUUGAUACACUUCUAAAUAAUGCCCAGAUAAAGCUGUCAGUUGAGGGUGAGAUCAGCUCAGCAAGUAAUAAACUUAGGGUUUUCAAUAAUAGGCGCGGUUUCUCUGUAAGUAAUCACAUGUACGAAAACUACUUUAGCGACAUUGAAAGCCCAGGAACUAUAACGAUUGACAGUAACAUAAUGUACCUCUGGCUUCAAACGCCUGCUGGAUCAAAGGGGAUCACAUUUAGUGUAUUGUGGGAUGUGGGGUGUUCAUUCAGUUACAGCAGCAAUCAGGAAACCAGCUUUUACAUCAGCUCUCCUGGCUACCCAGGACCUUUUCCCGAAAAUUUGAACUGUAGCUACGUAAUUACAUACAGGGAGGGACUCACCACCAGCCUGACAUUUAACUCACUAGGACUGAGCAGCGCACAGGGGGGCUUGUGUUCAGACUACGUUCAGAUAUUUGACGGUGGCUCUGAGAUGUCUCCUACACUAUGUGGUCCGUACUGCGGCACACAACGUCCAGAGCCCGUGGAUCUGACCAACAGCUCCUCAUUUACUGUUACCAUCUUAUUCAGGUCCGAUGGAAAGUCCAACGCAAGUGCACAUGAAACAGGGUUCCAAAUAUACUUUAGACAAUUUGAACCAGCUGCCUUAACAUUUGGACCUUACAGCGCAAGUAGCGGAACGCUGUCAACACCUGGCUACCCGAAUGUUUAUAACGGGGAGGCAGACAUAAUAUGGACCAUCACUACCAAGCCUUACACAACUAUAACACUCUUGUUUCAGGACGUCCAGUCUAAUGAUUAUCUUUAUGUUUCGUCAUACGGGUACAUAUACAACAAUGGACGUGUCGGCCCUAUCAUCACUGAUAGUAACAGUGCCAGUAUCAGGCUGUACUCUCGUUAUGGUAAUAACAUCAAUAAAGUACUCUUCAAUUGGACUACAGAAUGCCGUCAAGUCAUUCAUUCGCAGCAGGGAAUAAUAUCAUCACCGGAUGAUCCAGAAUUUGACUCGGCUUAUGCCACUUGCUCUUACAUCAUCUCAGAGACACAAGGUUACUAUGUCAGCCUCGUCUUCUCCUCCAUCGACCUCGCCAAGGACACGCAGUGCUUCAGCUAUAUCAAGAUGUUCGAUGGUACAAACAACUACUCUCCGAUGAUCGGCCAACAGCUCUGCUCCAGUUCUCAACCACCUCUGACAAGAAGCUCGACAGCAAAUCAAAUGAUGAUUGAAUUUAAGAGGGAUGAGUUAAAUGGCCUUAAUAGCAGUUUUGAAGCAUCAUACAGCACACAUUCAAAAGAGUGCGGAAACUGGCUUCUCACAGACGGUGAAGGGUUUCUGGAAUCCCCCGGGUAUCCACUUCUUUUUCCUGCAAAUACCUACUGUAACUGGACAAUUACUGUGAAGGAAGGUUUUGUGGUUGUCUUGAAAUUUGAGGACUUUAACGUCGGACAACAGGCAACAGAUUGCCAGAAUGCCAUCGUCAAACUGUACGACGGGAACACUACGGACGCUGACAGGGUUAUCGGCACAUACUGUGGAAACCAACUCGUACCCACGGUCAAUUCCACCUCAAACAGCCUUACUGUUGUGCUAAACGCAUUCUCAUCUGCCUACACUGGUUUCCGAGCUUCUUAUCGUCAGGUCAAAGACUUGAGUACCUCGUUGGAUCUUCUUCAGUGUGGUCCAGGCGUAGAUAAUGUAUGUGACACAAAAGCAUCAGAUUCUCAAGAGAUCGACGUGCAGGAAGGUUUUCCCUUUGGUGAUAAAGCUAGGCAUAAGAUUUACCUGGGACAGAACGGCAUUGUUUCCUUUGACUACAACAACCAGUGGCCAGUUCUGGAACCUACCAGCCUGUCAAUAUGCGUUUAUUGUGCCUUAAUGAAAACGUCAAAUGUUUGCAGGACAGGAACUUCCGGUGUCUACUACAAGAUCUACAAAGGAACAAUGCCUAGUGCAAUUUCUGGUCUUAUAAAGGAAGCGGGGAGCUUACUAAAGCUAAAAUUUUCUCCAGCAGUUCUUCUUGUGUUCACGUGGAAAUGCAUGGAGCAAGACUUUCAGUCAUACCACCCAAACAAUCCAGGUCAAGCUACUUUCCAGUUGAUUCUUGCAUCUGACUGGACAACUUCCUACGCAUUCACCCUCUACAGUCUGACUGAGAUGAACUGGAAAUACUAUGGACCGUGGUACCCAAUUCAAAUUGGAAUCACACAAGGAUCGCGGGAAAAUUUCCAACAAAAUGUGUACUCUAAAUCCGAAUACGCAUAUCAUAUGAGCACAUACCUAGGAAACACAGGACACAAAGGUAUAUGGGUUUACAAAGUCGGAGAAAUCCCAAGUAGUGACGGUCGUUUAUGUGACGAGUGGUAUCUACGAAACCAAAAACUGGAGGCCGUCAGAAGCGAAGGAUUUGCUAAGCUGCCUCCGUGUCCAUGUAGUAAAGAUGACAUUUACAACGGGGUAGCAAACCAGUGGAGGUACUUUCGAAAGGAUGAGGACAACCACCUGGAGUGUUUUAUUUUGAACCUAGCAACUACAAGGCGCUACGCACCUUUCAGCAAGGAAUGCUGCUACUUCUUUGGGAACCAGACUUUGAUUCAGGCCAUACCUUUAGCCGGUCCAUCACUGGCCUACACUCCCCUGCUGUAUGAACUACGGAAGCAGUAUGAGAUUGAAGAUGUUCAGGCCUACAGGACUUGCUGUUUCAACUCCACAGACCAACGAUGUCAAAAAUUCUACCAACUGCGGCCUAUAGGAAAAUGCGAUUCAGAUAUUGCAUACCAGCGAAGCACUCUAUACGGCGAUCCUCAUAUCAAAACUCUGGACGAGCGAGAAUACAACUAUAAUGGCAUUGGAGAAAUCAAUCUGAUUACAAUUCGAACACCACAGGUCAACUUCACACUUCAAGGCCGCACAGAGAGGACGUGGGACGACAAGGGUGUCCCCUCCAACGGCACGGUCUUCACGGCGCUGGGAAUGGAGGAGAACGGUGUGAAGGUCUUCGUGGGCAUCGACCCGAGCACCAACACGUCGCUUAUAGUGUACGCCAGCGGAGUAGAUUAUACACUUGCCUUUCGGAAAGAUUUCACUCUUGACACUGAGAACUUCAUGAUACGAAGUUUCAACGAUACAUGUACCGUCAGUUUCCCAUCAGGAAUAGGAAUUCAGACAUCAGUACGUCUACAAGCCCUCGCCUCUGCAUUCAAUAUUCCUAACAAAUUCAGCAGCUUGCCGAAAGGAAUGUUUGGGAAUUUUAAUGGGAACAUCAGCGACGAUUUUGUCCUUCCCAAUGGUGAUACACUCGGCAACAACUUGACCGAAAGAGAAAUAUUCAACAAGUUUUCCCCGAAAUGGUUUGUCACGAAGAACGACACAGUGAUGCAUUACGAGCCGAGGAUGGGACCCAGCGACUACUCUCACCCUGAGUUCACACCAGUGUUUCUGGAUGAAGCGCCCACCACAGACCACUCCAACGCUGUUAAAGCCUGUGGAGCAGACAACAAGCCCUGCAUCUACGACUACAUCGCAACAGGGAAACAGGACUUCGCCCUCGAGACGUCCAGUCUUCGUAACCAGUCCGAGGUCAUCCUCAGGCAGAUCAAGAACUCACUGCCAGUGAUCUCGGCUCCUGAUAAAGUGAGUGUGACAAUGAAUCAAACAGCGCAGUUCACAGUCAGUGCCCACGAUGACGACAAUGACGUUGUCACCUUACAUCUCGUCGAAGACUACAACGGUGUCUUGAAAAUAAAUUCUUCAACUGGAACUGUGACUUUGUCCCUUACUACACUCGACAUCAUUCAGAUAAGUGUGUAUGUGGUGGACUCAAAUGGCGGCUAUUCCCCUCUCACCUUUGUUCCACUAAUAGUCUGCACUGGCUGUGGAGGUCACGGGAAGUGUAACACGGCAAAGGUCAGACCGUCCUCUGGUAACUUCUACUUCCAGCACGCAGUCUGUGAGUGUCAGCCAGCUUGGGAUGGUGAAGACUGCCAGCUUGACAAAGAUGGAUGCGCAGGUAACCCAUGUCACCCCAAACAAAACUGCAGUGACAUUCCAGCAGAGACACAAGGCAAUAAUAGUGUCGGCUACACCUGUAGCGCCUGCCCGCAAGGAUUUGUUAACGACAGACCAGCCUCUUGUUCCGAUAUCAAUGAGUGCGCGGACCGUAGCCUGAGCCAUUGUGAGAUGCUGUGUAAUAACACCUACGGGGGUUACCUGUGCUAUUGUCAGCCGGGAUACCGACUGAAUGCAGACGGCCUCAAGUGUAGCGACAUCAACGAGUGCUUGGACAAGACUGACGACUGUCAGCAGAUAUGCAACAAUACCGACGGCGGUUAUACAUGUUCUUGUCAUGAAGGUUACAUCUACAAUCCUGUUAGCAACUUGUGCGAGGAAGAUCAAUCCUUGAAAACCAUUUGUCAAAACAGUGGCUGUUCACAGAACUGUCGGGCCAGAAAUGACUCUUCAACAUACAAGAGCAUUCCUGAAUGCUUCUGUAACGCAGGUUUCGAUGUCGAUCCUAAGGACAAUAAGACCUGUCAAGAUCACGAUGAAUGCCAGGACCACAUCUGCGCCCAGCUCUGUAGCAACACCCAGGGUAGCUUCUCUUGCUCUUGUAACAACGGCUACAUGCUGAAUGACGACAAGCGCACGUGCUCAGCCUGUCCCUACCUGCGCUAUGGAUUCGAAUGCCGCCAGAUGUGUCAGUGCAAUGACCGUGAAGAAAGAUGUGACAAUGUCAAGGGGUGUAUCUGCAAAGCUGGUUGGACCGGAAGUGAGUGUCAGGAUGACGUUGAUGAGUGUGCAGAGAAUCCUCACAUUUGUCGACAAGACCAGACCUGCGCCAACAUUCCUGGGUCUUAUUCGUGCCUCUGUCAUCCCGGGUACAUGGACGAUGGCAAUGGGACUUGCAUUGACAUCAACGAAUGUGAAUCUACCUUCCCUUGUGAAACACAGCAUGAAGAAUGUAGAAAUUUUGCGGGAGGAUUUUACUGUACUUGCAUCAAAGGUUACAUGAAAGCUGGUAACCACUGUGUCGACGUUGACGAAUGUGAGUUAAAAAUAGCAGAAUGUCAACAUGACUGCAUAAACGUCCCUGGUUCCUUCAACUGCCGGUGCAGAUACGGCUACAGACUUGAACCCGACAGAAGAAACUGUUCAAAAGUUCGGGAUGUGUGUGCGGCCUUCAACAAGACCACUUGCAAGCGAGCUCAUGGCUGUACCCUAGAUGACAACGACAAACCCGUCUGCAUCUGUGACUCUGGCUACGAACUCAGCACAGAUCAUGAGAGUUGCCAAGACAUAGACGAGUGUCGGCAGGGCGGUAUCAACUGUUCUCACAACUGCACCAACAUGAAUGGAGGAUUUGAGUGCUCUUGUCCCCUAGGAAUGAAACUAGACGAAGACUAUCGCACGUGCAUCAAUUGUACACCUGGAACAUAUGGAGAAGGUUGUGCCAAAGACUGUUCAUGUGGAGCAGGGUCAGAUUACUGUGAUGUCAAGAUAGGCUGUGUUUGUAAAGAUGGAUGGGCAGGACAUAGGUGCGAUCAGGACAUAGACGAAUGUACUAAUUCUUCCAUCCUCCAGCAGUGCAAAAGUGAAAAGAAACAAUGUGUCAAUCUUGAUGGCGGAUACAAAUGUAAAUGCCAAUCAGGGUACUUUGAAGGUGUAAACGGCACAUGUUCAGAUAUCAAUGAAUGUGAGAAAAGCCCAUGCGAUCAGAGUUGCCACAACACACUCGGAAGUUAUCAGUGCGACUGUAGAGCGGGAUUCUUUUUGAACAAAACGACAAACCGAUGUUAUGAUGUGGAUGAAUGUUCGGACCACAACGUAAGUCGAUGUUCCCAGGAAUGUCACAACACACCCGGGUCAUAUCGAUGCACCUGUAAAACCUCCGGCUACAGCCUCGACAACGAUGGCGUCACGUGUAUAGACAUAAACGAGUGUACCAACGGGCUUGCACGGUGCGCUGCUAUCUGUAAAAACACAGACGGAGGGUAUGUCUGCAGCUGCCCUGCUGGUGAGAUUCUGGAUCCUGAUGGACUGACAUGCAAAUCUUGCCCAAAUGGUACCUACGGUAUAGACUGCAACCACACCUGUAACUGUGGACAAAGAGCUGAGCGCUGUGACAAGGAGACAGGGUGUGUGUGUAGACCUGGCUGGCAAGGCACAGACUGUGACACAGACAUUGACGAAUGUCACAACCAGGAUGUCAUACACAAGUGCACGCUCACAAACGCGAUCUGUGUCAACAGUCCUGGCACAUACACGUGCAAGUGUGACGUGGGCUUUUCUCUCGAUCAAGGUGGAAUUUGUAAAGAUAUUGACGAAUGUCGCAGCUCACCUUGUAGUCUACAAUGCAUCAACACCAACGGCAGUUAUAUCUGUACCUGCGAUACUGGGUUUAUAUUUGACAACACAACCAAGGACUGUAAAGAUAUAGAUGAAUGUCUCAGCUCACCUUGUAAUCAGGUUUGCAUCAACACCAAUGGAAGCUACACAUGUGCCUGUAACAACGGAUUUACACUUAACGCAGCCAACGGGAAAUGUGAAGAUAUUAACGAGUGUCUCAGCUCGCCUUGCAGCCAGAGAUGUGUCAACACCGACGGCAGCUAUACUUGUACCUGCUACAACGGCUUUAUGAUUGACAACACAACCAGGACCUGUAAAGACGUAGACGAAUGCCUCGACUCACCUUGUAGUCAGGUUUGCAUCAACACCAAUGGAAGCUACACAUGUGCCUGUAACAACGGAUUUACACUUAACACAGCAAACAGGACAUGUGAAGAUAUAGAUGAAUGUCUCAGCUCACCUUGUAGUCAGGUUUGCAUCAACACCAAUGGAAGCUACACAUGUGCCUGUAACAACGGAUUUACACUUAACGCAGCCAACGGGAAAUGUGAAGAUAUUAACGAGUGUCUCAGCUCACCGUGUAGCCAGAGAUGCGUCAACACCGACGGCAGCUAUACUUGUACCUGCUACAACGGCUUUAUGUUUGACAGCACUACCGGGACCUGUAAAGACGUAGACGAGUGCCUCGACUCACCUUGUAGUCAGGUUUGCAUCAACACCAAUGGAAGCUACAUAUGUGCCUGUAACAACGGAUUCAAACUUAACCCAACAAACCGGACAUGUGAAGAUAUUAACGAGUGUCUCAGCUCACCUUGCAGCCAGAGAUGUGUCAACACCGACGGCGGCUAUAUCUGUUCCUGCUACAACGGCUUUAUGUUUGACAACACAACCAGGACAUGUGACGACGUAGACGAAUGCCUCGACUCACCUUGUAGUCAGGUUUGCAUCAACACCAAUGGAAGCUACACAUGUGCCUGUAACAACGGAUUUACACUUAACACAGCAAACAGGACAUGUGAAGAUAUUAACGAGUGUCUCAGCUCACCUUGUAGCCAGAGAUGCGUCAACACCGACGGCGGCUAUACUUGUACCUGCUACAACGGCUUUAUGUUUGACAGCACUACCGGGACCUGUCUAGACGUAGACGAAUGCUUCACCUCACCUUGUAGUCAGGUUUGCAUCAACACCAAUGGAAGCUACACAUGUGCCUGUAACAACGGAUUUACACUUAACACAGCAAACAGGACAUGUGAAGAUAUUAACGAGUGUCUCAGCUCACCUUGCAGCCAGAGAUGUGUCAACACCGACGGCAGCUACUCGUGUACCUGUGACAGUGGGUUUGUUCUUGACACAGCAAGCGGGAAAUGCGAAGAUAUAGAUGAGUGCCGGAGCUACCCUUGCAGCCAGGUAUGCAUCAACACUGUCGGCAACUACAUUUGUACCUGUAACAGGGGAUUUCUGCUCGACAGAAACAAUGGGCAGUGUGAAGCAUUGAUCACCGUUUCUGUGACUAUUUCUGUAAACGUUAAUGUCAUUCCCUCGGAUCUUGCGAACAAGUCUGGUACAGAGUAUGGGAGGUGGAAACAGUCCGUAACGCAGCAGUUGAGCCUGUACUUCAGUGAAACACUUGUCGGAUUCCAGUUCCUCGAAGUGACUAGUCUCAGAGCUGGAAGUAUCAUCGCUGAUGCUGAUAUUUUCAUGAAGAGCAGUAGCGAAGCAAGUGCCAAGUCAUCGCUAGCCGUCGCCUUGUCGAGCCUGACUUCAAGUGUUUUCUGUCUCCGCCAACAAACCGGUGACCUGCAAGUUGCAUACCAGAACCAUUUGAUAAAUCAGCAUAUGACAAAAUGUCAGGUCUUUGAAUAUCUAAACCCUUGCGAACAAGGAAUGGAAUGCGACCCUACAGAGGAAUUUCCCAUGUGCAGGGAGGUGAAAAACUCAACACCAUGGCUUGUUAUCGGCCUCGCUGCUGGUAUUCCUGCUGGUCUCAGCCUGCUACUGAUCGCGGUCUGCCCUUGUAUCGCCAGGCACCUGCGGAAGAAGAAACACUCUAAAGUCGAUGAACCUGACAUUCCCCUGGAAGACAAUCCAAGUCGUCAGCGCUCAAGAAGUUUGGACCUAAACAUCUAUACAAGUCUGCGAAGUGGAAGUUCGUCAAUUCCAAGACCACAAAUCACAUGAAUGUGACAAUAUUUUGCCUUUUAGAUAAAGAAUCCACUGAAUGGCAUCCAACUUACGCACGAUGAAACUAAGAAAGAAACUGAAUGUUAAAGCUUUUUACUGACUGUAUUUCUGAAAUCCAUUACUAGCCUUUGUACUGUUAUGCUACAUAAAACAUGUGAAUGCAUUUUAUGAAAUACUUUGAAGUUAUCAAAUUGAAUUGGGUAUGUGUAACAUAUUUAUAGGGACCCGAGUUCCAUAUCAAUACAUUUAAUAAUUAUAUGUCUGGCAAUGUAAAUAACCCAUUUAUUCGUACUUUUAAAAAAAUAAGUUGGUCUGAGCGAAUGUGAAUGAGAGAUGCGAAAAGUUGUAUCCUAUUUGAAAUAGUUUUAAUUUCAGUGUCAAUGUAUAGUCAAUGUAUACAAAGCAUAUUUAUUGUUUUAAAAGCAUUGUAAGCAGUUAAAAAAAACAUACAGAAUGAAUGUACAAAAUUCAGAUGUACAAAUAGAUGAAUCGUAAAGUUUGUGGAAACAAAAUUGGAGGAAAUAAAAGCAACUAUCAAGGGCCAGCAGUAAAUGCGAUGGCCACAACGAUUAGCCAAUGCAGUAAAGAUUGGCUGUCCUGGGUUCAAAUCUUGUCUCUGACACGCUGUUCUUUCUCUGUAUGUGGUACCUGUUUUCGGGGCUGGUUUCUUUGUCUUGAUAAAGUUGAUUUAGUUGCUGGCUCGGCUUUAAAAAAAUCCAUUUCCUACCCCCUAAUACCCUUUUAUGUGCGGCACCUGUGAACAUUUGUCACCCUUUUCACCUGAAUCAACCAGCGAUUAACAACACUCUCAUAUCAUUACCAUAUCUUUAAAAAGAUGGUAGGAAAUAAAGUAAGGCAUUGCGUGUUUGAAAAGAUUAGAAGCUAGAGCAGAGGGAUAGAGAGAAGGUAUGUUACUAUUUCGCUAGACGGGUGAGUAGACAGGCAUCAGACCGAAACAUCGUGUCACACCCAAUGACAAUGUCAUCCCGGAUCUUCGAGCUUUCAAGGACAUGGUGUACAGUUUACUGUUAAGAGUCAGUUUUCAUCAUUAAAGCCUA